AUCACUGAGUCAGCAAUGUUGACUCUCUGCUCACUGAUCUCAUUCUGCAUGUUAUGGGGUCAAAGUGUUGGAGACACCAUCACACCAGAGAAGGAUGCUGAACAAGCCGCUGAGGGCAGUAAAGUGAAGCUCUCCUGCAGAUACAGCAGCUCUCAAGUUUACAGUCUGUUAUGGUACCGCCAGUAUCCUGGAUCAGCCCCCCAGUUCCUCAUUCUGGAAAACUCAGGAGUCGUAAAUAAUCCCAUACCAGGACUGAGCAUCCAACACGUCCAAGAGCAGAGUCGUGUGGAUCUGGAGAUCUCCUCAGCUGAAGUGACAGACUCUGCUCUGUACUACGAAGGCAGCAAAGUUACUCUGUCAUACAACUACUCCAAAACUACUGUUGGUGAUUACUUCUUCUGGUAUCGACAAGAUCCUGGAAAACCACCAGAAUUCCUCCUGAUGAUCACAGGAACUGAAAAGUCAGCACAGAUCCUCAAAUCAGACUCAAGGAUUUCUACUAAACUGACUGAAGACAAGCGUGGUGUGGAUCUGGAGAUCUCCUCUGCUGCAGUGACACACUCUGCUCUGUACUACUGUGCUCGGAUACUCGUUUCAGCCGAGUAUCAGGCUCAACGCUUGAAGGUCCUGAAGAAAAAGUACCAAUCCAUGGCCUCAGGGAACAGCAUAAACCCAGAAGCUACUGAAGAACAUGUUGUAGAGGGAGGAAACAUCACCUUCACCUGCAAAUAUGAUGGGAGCAUCAACAAUAUCCAGUGGUACCGUCAAUACCCGAGAUCCAGACCAGAGUUCCUGCUCUACAUCACAGAAGGAGGAUCUGUCCAUGAAGCUGUUCCUGGUUUCUCAGCUCACAUUGACAAACAAGAGAAGCGUGUUACUGCCAUGAACCCCCUACACAACCACUGA